AUGGUGCGAGCCAUAGUCACCCUGGCCUUUGGCCUGCUGCUUGCCAGUGGCAGUGCACUCGCAGGAAACUCGUGCUCUUCAAACCAGUACCAGUCUUUGAUGAAGAUGACUGCCAACGAUCGAUCCGUGCAGCAGUACUGCCACUCAAUGCCCCAGAGACACAGAUUCGAUCGAAACAAGUGCCCUAAGGCGCUCAGGGCGAUGUCUUACGACAAAGUCAAGGAAUAUUGCGGUUGCUACAAGAACACUUGCAUGCCGACCAACUGUGGCUACAAGACCACAUGUUCCAAGUCUCCAUGCGGCAACUACUGCGCCGACCUUCAGUCUGAUGCCAAGAGCUGCGGUAGCUGUGGCAAACAGUGCAAGUACGGAGAAGUCUGCAAGUCCGGGAAGUGCAAGGCGACUUGCCCUUCUGAUAAACCAGACUCCUGCCCGGACCCAAGCAAGUACGGACAGUUAACAUGCACGAACAAGAAGACCGACAAGAAGAACUGCGGGAGAUGUGGAACCCAGUGCAAAUAUGGCGAGGAUUGUCAAUAUGGUCAAUGCAAACCAGUCUGCCCAGCCGACAAGCCGGACCAGUGCCCCAAUCCACAAAAGUAUGGCGCCUUGGAAUGUACCAACAAGCAGAAGGAUCUCAAGAACUGUGGACAGUGUGGAACGAAGUGCAAAUCCGGCGAGGAAUGCAAAUAUGGUCAAUGUAAACCAAUCUGCCCAGCGGACAAGCCGGACCAGUGCCCGAACCCACAGAAAUAUGGCGCCUUGGAGUGCAGCAACAAACAGAAGGACGCCAAGAAUUGCGGACAAUGUGGUACCAAGUGUUACGACCAGCAGACCUGUAAGGGAGGAAACUGCCAAUGUCCCGAGCAGCUCCCUCUGGCUUGUGGCCAGAAAGAGAGCCUCAAGUGUGUUGAUCCAACAAAGCCAGAGAACUGUGGGACUUGCGGAAACAAGUGCACCGCUCCACAGAUCUGCAAGGACAAGUCUUGCCAAUGUCCGGCUGAGAAGCCCACGACAUGUGGAACGUCAUGCUGCUUGUCGACGGAAGUUUGCAAGGAGACAAUGGGAGUAAAGAGCUGCGCCCCAGCACCAGUUGUUUGCACCCCGAACGAGGCGCCCUGCGCGAAGGCUGAUGACUGUUGUUCCAAGACAUGCAGCUUACCAGACGUCGUGAUUAAAACAGGAACAAAGCCGGGAACCUGCAAGCCGGCUUGCACUCCAGCCGACAGCGAAUGCACAACCGAUAGCCAAUGCUGCUCUGGCAACAAGUGCACUCUAACGCCCGUUUUUGAGAAACUCCAGGCCCGGGGCGUGCUCCGCAUGAAGACCUGCCAGCCCGAGCUAGUCUGCAAGGCGAAAGAUCAGACAUGUACCAUGGACAGCGACUGUGUUAUGCUCCGACCAGAACUUGGAAUGCAAGGCCACACCAUCGAUGAAGAGGGGCUUGGGGGGUAUCGUCCCGAAGACUUGCCAGCCAAAGGUGGUCUGCAAGUGCUCCGACCAGAGCUUGGAAUGCAGGGCCGUGCUAUCCAUGAAGAAAAGGACUCCUAUCGAAGUCAUCCCGAUGAAGACCUGUCAGCCAAAAGUGGUCUGCAAGGCGAAGGAUCAGACAUGCACAAGCGAUGGCGACUGUUGCUCCGACCAGAGCUCGGAAUGCAAGGCCGUGCUAUCCAAGAAGAAAAGGAAUCCUCUGGAAGUCAUUCCCGCGAAGACCUGCCAGCCGAAGGUGACCUGCAAGCAACCAACUGA